GGCCGUUGGUCGCGCGUCGUUUCCACCAAGCGCCAUGGCCGCAGCCGGAGGGCCGGGAGACGCGGGGCGCUGGCCUCUGCUCCUGCUUUCUCUCCUGUUCAUCUCGGGCUCCGCUCUGGGCUGGAACGACCCUGACAGAAUGUUGUUGCGGGAUGUAAAGGCCCUCACCCUCCACUAUGACCGCUACACCACCUCUCGCAGACUGGACCCCAUCCCACAGUUGAAAUGUGUUGGAGGCACAGCCGGAUGUGAUUCCUAUACCCCCAAAGUCAUACAGUGUCAGAACAGAGGCUGGGAUGGUUAUGACGUGCAGUGGGAAUGUAAGACUGACUUAGAUAUUGCAUACAAAUUUGGGAAAACUGUGGUCAGCUGUGAAGGCUACGAAUCCUCGGAAGACCAGUAUGUGCUGCGUGGGUCCUGUGGCUUGGAGUAUAAUUUAGAUUAUACUGAACUUGGCCUGAAGAAACUGAGAGAAUCUGGGAAAAGCCACAGUUUCAACUCUUUCUCUGAUUAUUAUAAUAAGUUGCACACUGCAGAUUCCUCUGGCAUCAGCGGCUUGAUUACCAUUGUGGUGCUGCUCGCUGUUGCCUACGGAGUUUACAAGCUGUUCCUUAGUGAUAGUCACGAUUCUCCUCCUCCCUAUUCUGAGUAUCCUCCAUAUUCCCACCGAUACCAGAGAUUCACCAACUCAGCGGGAGCCCAUCCCCCAGGCUUUAAGUCUGAGUUCACAGGACCGCAGAAUGCUGGCCAUGGUGGAGCUGCUGGUUUUGGCAGUGCUUUCACAGGACAGCAAGGGCCUGACAAUUCCGGACCGGGCUUCUGGACGGGGCUCGGCACUGGAGGACUACUAGGAUAUUUAUUUGGCAGCAAUAGAGCAGCAACACCCUUUUCCGACUCCUGGCACUCCCCAGCUCAUCCUUCCUCAUACUCCAGUGCAUGGAAUAGUCGUGCAUACUCACCACUGCGUGGAGGCGCAGGGAGCUACUCAGCAUAUUCAGGCUCAGAUACAAAAACCAGAACAGCAUCGGCGUAUGGUGGUACCAGAAGAAGAUAAGGAAGUAGAAAGUUGAGGUCAUACGUUGGAUGCAAACUUUGUGAUUGUUCCACCACUUUCUCUCUUCACCCACAAAUUGCUGCCUUCUAACCACUGGGGAAAGGGAGUAUUAAAAAGUUCCGUGGUGUCUUGUCCUGUAUAGCUCUUUGUAUGUUAUUAUUUGAGGCCAAGAAUUACUAUACGAUCAAAUGUUAGAGAACUGUGAAUGUUAGUGUAACAUGCAGAUGUAUAGUGCAGUUUUUGAAAAUGAUUAUUACUAUGGAGUGUUGAAGCUGUAUUGUUUAAUUUCUAACACCUGUGAUGCCGUAAGAAACAUUCAGAAAGAAAGUGGUAUGCCAAUCGAUGCUGAGUACAGAGCAUUUCAGUCUUGAGGUUUUCAUCGAUGUACCGUAAGGUAACAAUAAUAGCCACUCUCUGGUAUAUUGCUUUGGUGUUUGCUGUUUUUAAACAUUUAAGCACGCUUCAGACUACUAAUUAUACUAACCUGUGAGCUCAGAGCUUUGAAACCUUCCAUGGGGCUGGUGGUGGUCUAGUUCUGGAAGGGGAGAACUACCUCUAUAGGAAAAGGUAGAAAAUGGGCAUCCUGAAGGUUGUUGUGAACAAUUGUGUGCUUACAAAAUGGUGUGCUUCAGCAAAGGUCUUUUAAUAGUAAAAGCAUGUAGUUGUUUGUGGAAUUUCAAAUACUGCUGUAACCAUCUGUUUCAAUCUUACAUUAAAAAGACUGAGUUAAAAUCAAA